CUGCCCAGACAUUUUGUUACUCUCUCAUUUUGGCCUUUCUGUUGCUUUCUUGGUGUGUUGAGGAAUUUCGUGCCGUCCUUAGAACAAUGUUGAGUAAAUUCUUCCUGCUGCUGUGUUUACAUGCGUUGUUACAGUGUAAUGUAGCAGCACUGAGCACUAUAACCCAAGAGGUCACUGUUAACUUGGUGUCAGAGACUUUGAGCAGCAGACACAGGGCCAGAAGAGAUGCGACUCCCUCCCCAGUUAUGCCUGAAGAGCUUAUUUUCCAGAUGACACUGCAAGGCAAAUCUGUUGUCCUGAGACUGGCCAAGUCUAGCUUGUUGCCCGUGGUUACGGACGAUGUUGAGACAACUCUGCAAGCCAACAAAGUUCCUGAGGACUCGGCUGUCUACACAGAUGCUGCCCACAGGUCAUCGUUCAUAGUUCAUAGAAACAACGCAAGUUACAGUUUGAAAGGAACUUUAAGCGUGUCUGAUGCAUCUUGGAGUCUAGAACCGCUGCAGCAAGAGGCAGCUGUUACAAAGUCACAGAACCAUCGAGCUAUUCGCCGCCUCGAGGCGCCAACUAUACACUACGGCAAUGACGCAAUCCUGGACAAGUUAGAAAGACCUGAACUGAUCCACUCCAAGAAACUGUAUAGACAUCCGGGUCACAGACAGAGGCGUGCCGUUACAAGACAUGUCAUUGAAGUAGCUUUCAUUGUGGACUAUGCAGAUUACCAAAAAUGGGUUGCAUUGUAUGGAGAUACUGAUGCUCUAAUUAGAAUGAGACUUUGGUACACGUCUGUAGCAGAUGCUCUCAGAGCCCUGUACGAGUCUAUCACGGACCCAGAUAUCUCAAUCACCACUUCAGUGACAGUUCUCAAAAUAUUGACAACUGCGGCUGCUGAUACCUUCAUCGCCAACAUCACAACAAAUGGUCAGUUUGACGCUGGUACCGGUCUGAGCGUUCUAGCCUCCUGGGCUCAGCUUCAGGCGGACAUCCCUCUAAGUGACCACUACAUGCUGUUUACAGGGAGAGAUGUCAUUGGCGUGUCAGGGAUUGCCCUUCUUGCAAGAACGUGCACAUCUUUUGGUGUUUCUAUCGUAGAGAACGACUUUAGUGGGUUGACGGCUCAAGUUGCCGCCCAUGAGCUGGGUCACAGCAUCUCGUCAGACCACGAUUCUCAAACUGGAGGUGUAUGUAGCGACACGGACCAGUACAUCAUGGCCGCUAUAUCGGCGGUGAAUGUGGAGCUUGGAAAUGAAGGGAAGCCUUGGAAGUUCUCCAACUGUUCUAUUAAUAGCUUCAAGACCUACCUUACAUCAAAGACCUGCACUCGACCUGAGUACACGUCCACUGUUGAUGUCCUGCCUGCACCUCAAGUAGGCCAAAGAGCAGGGGAAGUCCUGAGUAAAGAUGACCAGUGUCGCCUAGCUCUGAACUAUCCCCAGAGCUCCUAUUAUGCUGGCUCAGCGGCGGAUCAAGCCAAACUGUGCAGCGGCAUGUGGUGUUUUUCGCCCCUUGGUAACGGCAUCAUAACUUUAGUGAGACCAUUGGCGUAUACCUCUUGUGGGACCAACAUGAUUUGUUUGCAAGGUUUCUGUGUGCCAUUUCAACAAGUUACUACAACAGUAUCUACAACUACUACUACACCAACAACAACAACAUCAACUACUACUUCAUCGACUACCACUACAUCAACGACUACUAAACCUACAACAACAUCGACUACCACUACAUCAACCACUACUAAACCUACAACGACAUCGACUACCACUACAUCAACCACUACUAAACCUACAACGACAUCGACUACCACUACAUCAACUACUACUAAACCUACAACAACAUCAUCAACAACAUCAACCACUACUAAGCCUACAACGACAUCGACUACCACUACAUCAACCACUACUAAACCUACAACAACAUCAUCAACAACAUCAACCACCACUACAUCAACGACUACUAAACCUACAACGACAUCGACUACCACUACAUCAACUACUACUAAACCUACAACAACAUCAUCAACAACAUCAACCACCACUACAUCAACGACUACUAAACCUACAACGACAUCGACUACCACUACAUCAACUACUACUAAACCUACAACAACAUCAUCAACAACAUCAACCACCACUACAUCAACCACUACUAAGCCUACAACGACAUCAACUACCACUACAUCAACUACUACUAAACCUACAACAACAUCAUCAACAACAUCAACUACCACUACAUCAACUACUACUAAACCUACAACAACAACAUCAACAACAACUCAACCAACCACAACAUCCAUGAAGCUACCUUUAACAGAAGCGGACUGCUACCUCGACCCAUACUACAGUGCUGGGACUCGAUUGGCACAAUGUUUACUGUACAUUUGGCAGCAUCUACCCUCGAGUUGACAUUGUGGUGGAAGCAUAAAGAGAGUGGUAUAACACAGCGCCUCUUGACAAAUGAUGGAAUCGCUUCCGCCAGAGAGGCUCUACAUUGACUUUGUAAAUCUAAUCUUUGUCGUUCUGGUGUUCUUCUGUAAAUUCAUUAAUAAAUUUGUUUCUAAGUCAAA